CGAUAGCAACACCACGCUCACGGCGAAAAUGUCUUUUAUUUUCACAAUUUAUUUUUUGGACUGGCUUUUGGCCAAAUUGAUUAAGGGAGUGUGUGUGUGUGUGUGUUUGUGUAUUGACAUGUAUACGUGAACGAUACAUUAAACAAAAAGCAAGAAUCAGAUUAUUCAAUAUGUGCAAUUAUAGUUUGCCGCGCCAUAUAUAUUAAUAUAUACAAAAAUUGUAAUAUUUUUUGUGCAUUUUGUGAAUUUUCCUUUGGCACAAUAUUUGUCUAAAUGAAUAUAUGAGUAACAUAAUACCGAAAUUUGCCAACAGCGCCAGAAACGGCAAGACAUAAAACAAAAAUAUUGACAGCAAUAGAAGACCUAUCACCAACGGCAGUGAAAAUGAGAGAGGUGGUGAAACAUGUAGAGCAAUCAACGACAGUGUAAAUAGUGGAAUAUAAGCAAAGUGUAACGACAUUAAUUUGUGUGUGUGCGCGUGUGCAUAUACAUGCUGCUAGCAAUUAUAAACAAUAAUAGGAUAGUUUAUGUCCUUUCACAAGCACGCUUGUGUUAAAUAUUGAUUUUGGUCCCUACGCGCCUCUUGCCAAUUGUCUGUACGCUUGUGUAUGUGAGUGAAAAGGUGUCCAAGAAGCAAUAAUUGUGAUAUCGAUACCGAUAACGAUACGGCAAAGUACAACACGCAACACAAAUGCAAACAAACACAAUUUAAGCGCGUUAUCAAAAGCACAAAAGUAAUAUCAACUUAGUGGCUUAACAGCCGGCGCGUUGUUUUUGUUUUUGUUUUUCUUUGCAUUUCUUUUCUUUUUUACGUGAUUGUUGGAAGCUUUUCCCUCUUUAAUUUUUUUUUUGUGUGUGCGGGACCUUUAUGUUAUGCUAACCCAACGCUAGGUUAAGCUACAAGAAAAUAUAAAAAAUAAAAAAGUUUCGUUGACAACUCGACAGCAAGUUACCUGGGAGCCAUUGUACAAUUUGGUAAGAAGACAACUUCUUACCAAUGAUUUCGUUGGUGCAAAUGAAAUUCCAUGCGCUAUUGCUGCUACUAUCAAAGGUGUGGACAUGUAUUUGUUUCAUGUUCAAUCGCCAAGUGCGCGCUUUUAUCCAGUAUCAGCCAGUUAAAUACGAACAGUUCCCUCUGUCGCCCGUAUCGCGACAUCGACUCAGCUUGGUGCAGCGAAAGACCUUGGUCCUGGAUCUGGAUGAGACACUUAUACACUCACACCACAAUGCUAUGCCCCGGAAUACCGUUAAGCCUGGCACGCCGCAUGACUUUACCGUUAAAGUGACCAUCGAGAGGCAUCCUGUUCGGUUUUUUGUGCACAAGCGACCGCAUGUCGAUUACUUUUUGGAUGUGGUGUCACAGUGGUACGAUCUAGUUGUAUUCACCGCCAGCAUGGAGAUAUAUGGAGCAGCCGUAGCGGACAAACUUGACAAUGGUCGCAAUAUACUGCGACGUCGCUACUAUAGACAACACUGCACGCCCGACUAUGGGUCCUAUACCAAAGACUUGUCAUCCAUAUGCAGUGACUUGAAUAGGAUAUUUAUAAUAGACAAUUCACCUGGCGCAUAUCGAUGUUUUCCAAAUAAUGCAAUACCAAUUAAGAGUUGGUUCUCCGAUCCAAUGGAUACAGCACUUCUUUCCUUGCUUCCAAUGCUCGACGCACUGCGAUUCACCAACGAUGUCCGCUCGGUAUUGUCACGGAAUCUUCAUUUGCACCGUCUUUGGUAGCAGGUGGGCUGCCAACAAUAGUUUAUGCGUUCGAAACUUUCUAAUAACAAAUGCAAUUCAACCUUACAAAAAUUUUAUUAACAUGUAGCAACAAUCCAACAAAAAAAAAAAAAAAAAAAAAGCAAACAAGAAGCAAACACAAGAAUAAUAAUUAAUGGUGGUGCUGUGACACAUUAACGAAUUUUUUCAGUAAUGGUAGACAAGAUGAUUGUAAUAGAGAAUUUUUGUUUUCUAUAACACUUCAGUUAUGAUAAAUUUUGUUGUUAUUUUUUUUUAUACAUAUAAUUUUCUUUUAUCAAUAUUAGUGCUAUAUUUUUGCGCUAGAACAUAAAAAUGAAAUUAUUUCGUUAUUUGUACAAAUGAGACGGCUCUUAACACAGUAUGUCAAAAGAAGAGUUUAAAAUAAAAAUUAAAAAAAAAAAUAAUAAUAAUAAAAAUAAAAAUACAAUAUCAUAUAUAUAUGUAUAUACACAUAUAUAUCAUGCUAACUAAACUAAGACAACUAUAAUACACGUUUAUAUGUAUAAUAUUAAAAGCAUUACAUAUAUAUUUAUGUUAGAUAUAGUUUGUUGUAGUUAUAUUAUCAAAAUUAUUAUAAAAUGAAAACUGUUUUCUAUAUUUACAAAAAACUCUUAAAGUAUACUUUUAAAAAUAGUUUGAAUGCAAUCGAAAUCUGUAAAUCAGAGCAAAAAUCCUUACUUUCAUAUGAACAUAAUCUAUAUACAUACAUACAUACAUCCGUAAAUAAUAUAAAAUAAUACUAUAAUAAUUAAUAAACAUUUUUGUAUAGGUUUUGUACAAAUCAGGCGAGUAACUUUUAAAAACUAUAAUUUUCCAUUUGUAAGCAAAUGAAAAACUAAUUUGGAAUGAAUCAAGUAUAAAUGAACUUUUUAAGUUUUGAAAGUGAAGGCUUAUUGUUUAGUCUUAGGAUAUGCCUGCAAAACAGGCAUUUAAUAUUUAAAUUUGAAUAAGACAAUGAUUAACUAUUAAAGUCCAAAAGAAAAUCAUGAACCUUGUCUUUUAGGGCAUACCAAAUUGUUGGUUCAGUAGAUUUAUCGUUACACCGAUACUAUAUAAAUGAACGUCAAAUUUUGGAGGAGGGCUUCGCCAAAUCGCUAAAUAUAAUUUACAGCACAUAAAUUGAAUACCAUUAAUAAUAAUAUUGAUAAAAUAGAAAAACGAAAUCAAAUGACAAAUCGUAGCAAACUGUAUCUUAAACGUCAUAAUAAACUGUUCUCAGUGCAUUAAGUAAUAUGAAAAAAGUAAAAAUAAAAAAACCAAAAAUAAAAAAAACA